CUCCAAAUUUCUUGACCCAUGAAACUUUUUAUUUUUUCUGUUUCAGUGGUUGGCUCUCCGAUUUCCUAAAGCAGCUAUAUACUUGGACAGUGUUCGUGAAUGUUACGAAGCCUUCGUUAUUUUGUCAUUUCUCGCGUAUUUGCUUAGCUAUCUUUAUGCUGAAUAUGAAGACUUCGACCGCGUUAUGGAAGCAAAGACACAAGUCCACCAUCUGUUUCCCGUUUGCUGCCUGCCCGACUGGGAAAUGGGAAGGUUGGUUGUAGUUGUACGAUUUCGAUAUGGUUGUAGAUGUACGCCUUUCUGACUGAUCCCAUCCAUCAAAUUCAUUCAAUUUAUCGCUUGCCUUUGAUAUGCCAUUUCGUAUACUUGACCCAUAAAUAUGGUAUGCCAAAUUAGGUAAAUCUGAUCAUAUACAUGUAGAUUUUCUUUUGUUAGGGAAUUUAUCGAGAAUUGUAAGCACGGCGUCAUAUCAUAUACUGUUGUUAGAAUCGUCUCAACAUUUGUUGCUUUGUAAGUAUACCCAACCUAAAGUACUUAAGGUGAUUCAUCAGUAAUUGUUCUGGAAAUGACAAUUUGCUGAAACUUCCUAGGGGUGAAGUUUAUGAUAUAUGCUCAUAGUAAAAACAGGUAAAAAAAAGUUGGGGUCACCGAACUCGUUUUGAAGAUAUGACAAGUACAACAUGCCACUUUUUCCCCAUAAGGCGCCAUCUUGACCCUUUUACGAGUUACAGGAACAAUCGCAAUUGCUCAACCGUUUUUGAAUUUUUUUUAACAAGAUCCUACUAAAAAUGUCUGUCUAGUGAUAAUGUACAGAACAGAAAACAUGAUAUUUUAGCGUAUCAAAAACUAUUGACCGUGCAUUGUCGUGAUGCAAAUAUGUAUUUUCCUAUCUUCUCAGACAUGUUAUUUUGGGAAGCAUGCACAAAAAAUGUAAAUAUGAUAUAUUGUAGAAAUGAUUUUUCUCGUAUUUCUUGAUAUGACAUGUAAAACAUAUAGAAGAAGAAAAAUAUAAAAUAAAAAAGUAGGGUCACGGGCCUUCUUAAAGAGAUACAAGGGUUAAACAUGCAACAUGAUGUGGUUUAAUGUUAGUUGCACAGGGAGCCCUAGCCAGAGGUCUGUCAUUUUUGAAGGUAUAUAUUUCCUGAAGCACGCCUAAUCAAUGCAGAGUGUUUUUCUCUUUACCCUUACUCUUUCUUUAUCAAUUUACAUUGCAGUUCGAUUACAUAUAUUAGCUAGAAUUUGUUAUUAUAUAUGGGCAGUAAACGUGCGCAAUGCAAAACUGAUGAAUCACCUUAAUAUACAACGAAAUUUAACUCCACGUUUUUCUUAUUGCAUUGUAUUGUAAAGAAAAUUCUAAACAUAAAAUGCCUAAAUAAGAUAUUUUGCCAAGUUUUAUCAGUUAACUUCAGUAUUACAGAAGUGGCUAUCACUCCUUUCAUAUGACAAGCUUUGUUUUGACAGCUUUGAGGCUGCUCGACCAGGUAUUUUGGCCACUUUCCGACGAUUUGACCACACAAUCGAUUUUUGUCUAUACCUUUGGAUAUAUUCAUCGGAUCACCCUCAAAUUUUUGUGAGCAGAUUUUCUCAGUGAGCUUUUCAACCUCUUAAUUGUCAUAUCUCGCCUCUUAAUUGUCAUAUAUCGGUUUUAAUAGAACAAACAAUAUCAACUUAAUGUGGUGUAAACUAUGAAAUACAAAACGUGCGUGUCUUUCGCUUUUCCAAGUAUCCUAUAUCUUCUUUUCCCGACUCGCGCCUAACCUUUUUACUUCCGGUCACGUGCUCUACACAACAUUAACAAUGGUCAUUCAAACUUUGUUAAAGAUCUACGUAGAACGAAGAAAGCUAAGAAUGCUGACAAAAUGUCUUCAGUUAGCCAUUUGGUCUUAAGCUUGCCAUCCCAGCUGUCUAAUAUAUGACAUGUUAUGCAUGCACGCACAAAACAGUCUCUCAUCAAUUUUUACUAUGAAUUUGUGCUCAGUUGUAUUUUUGUUUUACUUUCUUGCAGCGUAACUGAACUUUCAGGUCAUUACAAUGAAGGGAAUUUUGACUUUAAGUCUGCUUGGUCGUAUAUAGUUGUUGUCACUAAUUUUUCACAAAUGGUAUGGAAUACUGCAGCCUUUCUUCACAUGGUAUACUCUAAAAUAUUAUAAAAAGUACCUCCUGUCACGUACUAAUGGGCAGUUUCUUAAAGCCAAAAUAUCAAAUAAUUUUCUUUUCAAAUAAAGCUCUUUUCCAGUUUUUCAGCUGCUAAUUAAGGAAUACCAGCGUCUGCCCGGAAAUAACUAGUGAUAGCCAUUCUGGGGGAGUCGUUAUCCCCUUAACGCUACAGACAUCUGCCAGGUUAAUCCCAUUGUACCUAUUUUACUCGGCUAUAGUCAUUACAAAUGGUUCAGCUUGCAGGGUAUUCCACCAUUCCACAGUCCUGCAUGCGCUCAAUAUACAUGCAGUAUGAUUUCAAUGUAUGCAAGCAUAGAUAUUCAAUGCUAGCUGUAUCCUGUAUUUUUUUUACAGUGGGCUCUUUAUUGUUUGGUACUGUUCUACAAAGCGACGCACAAAGAACUUCAACCAAUCAAACCAUUUGGAAAAUUCUUGUGUAUAAAAAUGGUUGUCUUUGCCACAUUUUGGUAAGUUGUUUUGGUAAAUAUAAUUUUUCCUUAUUUUCCAUCUCCAAAUUUCCAAUGUUUUCACAUUCGUCAAUUUAAAAAGGUAUCUACCAAUUUACGUGUCGCAAUGUUAUUUCAAGAUUCAAACCACAUAUUUAUGUUACAUUCACUAUAAUACUUGAAAAAGGAAUCCGCAUGCAGAUUUUUCUGUAAUUUUGUCCGGCAUUUCUGUAUCUUAUGCUGAUUUCGCAUGUAAUACUGUUGUUUAUUAUGUCUUUUAUCACCAUAGGCAGGCAGCACUUAUUGGAAUUUUAGUCAAGGUAUGACUUCCAAAUAUUAAUACUCGAUUCAAAAUGAUUGAAUCCCACAAAUCCUUGACAGUAGGAUUCAAUUUUCAUAGGGUUCUUUUCCUAUAUUUAGGCUGGUGUUAUUUCUGGUGAGAAAACGUGGGAUUUUUACAAGGUAGAAGACGUUUCAACAGGUAUUCAGGUAGGUUUUUCUUCAUCAAUCUUGCUUUUAUUUAAAGACUCAGAUUUUUCAACAACCAAUGACGUGGUGAUAAAGUUCGUCUUUCAUGGUUGAGUUUUUAAUAAUAACCUUAUUAAUUAAUCCCUUAUUUGGCUGUACCUUUACAGCGUUUGUACCUGUAGCUUUCACGUAGCCUCCUCCGCGGGCAGCGCCAGGGCCGCAGAGAGGGGGGGGGGCAGGGGGGCAAAUUGCCCCCGGCCCCGAGUUGCUGGGGGCCCCUGAAAAAUUUUUGUUGGGCCCCAGCCUUUUUUGUGUGUUAAAUAUUUCCGCGCAAAGGACAAGAGAUCUGUUUUCUUGGGCUAAGUACCGAAUUUUGGCCUAAAAAAAUGAGAUAAAGUCCCUCGAAAGCAAUUGCAACGUCCUCGUCCGGAAAAAUUUUGUACUCCGGAAAAAAUUUUUGACCCCCUAAAAUGGUACACUGACCGAAAAUUUUUUGGCGACGGGGGGGGGGAGGUUGUUCUCCGGAAAAUUUUUUUUAGAUAGGGGCCCCUGGGCAGCACAGGUGCGAAGGAGGCUGGCUUUUACCUUUUGUUAAUUUAAAUAGUUAAUUGUUGUUGUAGAACUUUUGUAUCUGUGUGGAAAUGUUCAUCGCUGCUGUGGCUCAUUACUACGUGUUCUCUCACACACCAUUUGUGGAUCCUGAUGCACCAUCCUACCCUUGCUGGGCUUCGUUCCGUUCCAUGUUUGACAUGUCUGAUGUCCGGCAAGACAUGACCGACCAUGUCCGUGUUGUUGGGCGAAGUGUUAAAGAUACUGUGUUGCGAACUAUGCCGCGUAGAAUGAACCAGAAUGAAAGAAUUCGUUUGUUAGACAAUCCUUCAACUGUACAGCCAGUAAUUAAUGAAGUGCAUGACCAGACAAAUGCGAAUCUUACUGAUGACAAUGAAACCAGUGAAACUAAUCAAAGGAUAAUUAUAGAAUAGUAGCUUUUUUAAUGGCCAUUUUCUGACCAGGUCGAGGGUGAUUACUCGAAAAUUCAUCAUACAAUUCGUUACAAUUGAAUAUACAUAAUCCCUUCUUUUUCAAUUUUAAAUAAAAAUUUACGGCAAGAAUGUCGCAAUAAAAGUACUUAGAAAAUACACUAGGUAAUACGCCCCUCGAUUAUAUUUAUUGUUUUAACUGAAUAAAAACACCAAUGAAACGUGU